GUGCAGUUGAACCGCGUGUGGGGCAAAGCUGCAUAUCGGCCUCCUGGGUUCACUCGCUCACAUUGCUCCCUCUUUCGCUGUCACCUCCAAGUGUGGUCAGCCUUUUUACACAGGGACCACAGGAGAGUUCUUACUAGGAAUGACUGUCGGUCCCUGCCCACCCGCGUGCCAUGAGCCCUAACAGAGCUUCAAAGUUGGAGCCACCUCCCACUCUACCUCCCCACGCCCCUUCACGCCACUGCUCCUAAAUUCACCAACCUUUGCAUGCAUUGCCUAAGGGCUGCAAACCGUAGGGCAGAAAAGCUCUCAACCCUGCCAGGCUUUCUGUAUUGUAACCUUAGGGUCUAGGUACAGUAGCUCACUGAAGACUCUGCAGCUACACCCCUAUAAACGAAGGGAAGAAGGGGGAAGGGAAAAGAGGAGAGAGGAAAGGAGAAAGAGAAUGAGGAGGAGAGGAUGUCAGAAGGUCCGUGCCUCUCUGCCUGAGUCCCAAUUAAAUGCGACUGUUUCAGCCUGGCCAAGGUGAAGGAAAGUUGCUUCUGAGCCCAGGAAGUGGGUUUGGCUGCAAGGAGGAGGAGGGCGACUGGGCUCUAAAGCUCCCCUCCCUUCUGCUGAAGACCACUGGGUCCCCUUCUUCCCAACCUCCUCUUGCUCUUCUCCUCUAGCCCUCCCUUUUCCCACUCCUCCUUGACUCGGAGGCCUGGAUACUGGGCCACCGGGCAGUGGUCCAGCGCGCAGCCGGGCGGGGGCGGGGGCAGGGGGCACUGUGACAGGAAGCUUCGCGCACAAGUUGGCCAUUUCAGGGGCAAAAUAAGUUCUCCCUUGGAUUUAGAAAGGACAAAGGCAGCAAGCUCCCUCUUUGUGUCGGAUGAAGAGGACCAACCAUGAGCCAGAGCUUGGGUGCAGGCUCACCGCUGCCGCUACCACCGCGGUCAGCUUCAGUUCCUGCCAGGAGUUGACGGUGUGAGGAAUUCAGUGACGGGCUCUUUUAGCCCUAUCCUCCCUUAUCUGAAGGACAGGCCAAAGAUCCCACUUGGAAAUGAGAGAAGACUAGCGGGAAACAUUGGAUCCACCAGUGAUAUCUUCAAGAGAUACAGAACCAGGAUUCAUGAAAAUGUUGACAAGACUACAAGUUCUUAUGUUAGUUUUGUUUUCAAAGGGAUUUUUACUCUCUUUAGGAGAUCACAACUUUAUGAGGAGGGAAAUUAAAAUAGAAGGAGACCUUGUUUUAGGGGGCUUAUUUCCUAUUAAUGAAAAAGGCACUGGAACUGAAGAGUGUGGGCGAAUCAAUGAAGACCGAGGUAUCCAACGUCUGGAGGCCAUGUUGUUUGCUAUUGACGAAAUCAACAAAGACAAUUACUUGCUCCCAGGAGUGAAGCUGGGGGUUCACAUUUUGGAUACAUGUUCAAGAGAUACCUAUGCAUUAGAGCAAUCACUGGAGUUUGUCAGGGCAUCUUUGACUAAAGUGGAUGAAGCUGAAUAUAUGUGUCCUGAUGGAUCAUAUGCUAUUCAAGAAAACAUCCCCCUGCUCAUUGCAGGAGUCAUUGGUGGUUCGUACAGCAGUGUUUCAAUACAGGUGGCAAACUUGCUGAGGCUCUUCCAGAUCCCUCAGAUAAGCUACGCCUCCACCAGCGCCAAACUCAGCGACAAGUCACGCUAUGAUUACUUUGCCAGGACCGUGCCGCCUGACUUCUACCAGGCCAAAGCCAUGGCCGAGAUCUUGCGCUACUUCAACUGGACCUAUGUGUCCACUGUUGCCUCUGAGGGUGACUAUGGGGAGACAGGGAUUGAGGCCUUCGAGCAGGAAGCACGGCUGCGCAACAUCUGCAUCGCCACUGCUGAAAAGGUGGGCCGCUCCAACAUCCGCAAGUCCUAUGACAGCGUGAUCCGUGAGCUCUUGCAGAAACCUAACGCGCGUGUUGUGGUCCUAUUCAUGCGCAGUGACGAUUCACGAGAGCUGAUCGCUGCAGCCAGCCGCGUGAAUGCCUCCUUCACCUGGGUGGCCAGCGAUGGCUGGGGUGCACAGGAGAGCAUUGUCAAGGGCAGUGAGCAUGUCGCCUAUGGCGCCAUCACUCUGGAGCUGGCAUCCCACCCUGUUCGCCAGUUUGAUCGCUACUUCCAGAGCCUCAACCCCUACAACAAUCAUCGUAACCCCUGGUUCCGAGACUUCUGGGAGCAGAAGUUCCAGUGCAGCCUCCAGAACAAGAAAAACCACAGACGGGUGUGUGACAAGCACCUGGCCAUUGACAGCAGCAACUAUGAGCAAGAAUCCAAGAUCAUGUUUGUGGUGAAUGCAGUGUAUGCCAUGGCGCAUGCGCUGCACAAAAUGCAGCGCACUCUCUGUCCCAACACCACCAAGCUCUGUGAUGCAAUGAAGAUCCUGGAUGGAAAGAAAUUGUACAAGGAUUAUUUGCUGAAAAUCAACUUCACAGCACCAUUCAACCCAAAUAAAGGAGCAGACAGCAUUGUGAAGUUUGACACUUAUGGAGACGGGAUGGGAAGAUACAACGUGUUCAACUUCCAGCAUAUAGGUGGAAAGUAUUCCUACUUAAAGGUUGGCCACUGGUCAGAAACCUUAUAUCUAGAUGUGGACUCUAUCCAUUGGUCCCGGAACUCGGUCCCCACUUCCCAGUGCAGUGAUCCCUGUGCCCCCAAUGAAAUGAAAAACAUGCAGCCAGGAGAUGUUUGCUGCUGGAUCUGCAUUCCUUGUGAGCCCUAUGAAUACCUGGUUGAUGAGUUCACCUGCAUGGAUUGUGGCCCUGGCCAGUGGCCCACUGCAGACCUAUCUGGAUGCUACAAUCUUCCAGAGGAUUACAUCAAGUGGGAAGAUGCCUGGGCAAUAGGCCCAGUUACUAUUGCCUGCCUGGGUUUUAUGUGUACAUCCAUAGUUAUAACUGUUUUUAUCAAGCACAAUAACACACCCUUGGUCAAAGCAUCAGGCAGAGAACUCUGCUACAUCUUGUUAUUUGGAGUUAGCUUAUCCUAUUGCAUGACAUUCUUCUUCAUUGCUAAACCAUCGCCUGUCAUCUGUGCAUUGCGCCGACUUGGGCUUGGGACCUCCUUUGCCAUCUGUUAUUCAGCUCUACUGACCAAGACAAACUGCAUCGCUCGCAUCUUUGAUGGGGUCAAGAAUGGCGCUCAGAGGCCAAAAUUCAUCAGCCCCAGUUCUCAGGUUUUUAUCUGCCUGGGUUUGAUUCUGGUGCAAAUUGUGAUGGUGUCUGUGUGGCUUAUCUUGGAGACUCCAGGUACUAGAAGAUACACCCUUCCAGAGAAGCGGGAAACAGUCAUCCUAAAAUGCAAUGUCAAAGAUUCCAGCAUGUUGAUCUCUCUGACCUAUGAUGUGGUCCUGGUGAUCCUAUGCACUGUAUAUGCCUUCAAAACAAGGAAGUGUCCUGAAAACUUCAAUGAAGCCAAGUUCAUAGGCUUCACUAUGUAUACCACCUGCAUCAUCUGGUUGGCAUUCCUCCCUAUAUUUUACGUGACAUCAAGUGACUACAGAGUGCAGACGACAACGAUGUGCAUAUCUGUUAGCUUGAGUGGCUUUGUGGUCUUGGGCUGUUUGUUUGCACCCAAAGUGCACAUCGUCUUGUUUCAACCCCAGAAGAAUGUGGUGACACACAGACUUCACCUCAACAGGUUCAGCGUCAGUGGAACUGCGACCACAUAUUCUCAGUCCUCUGCAAGCACAUAUGUCCCGACAGUGUGCAACGGAAGGGAAGUCCUGGACUCCACCACCUCAUCUCUGUGAUUGUGAUUCGCAGUUCAGUUCUCAUGUUUAUAGGCUAUUAGACAAAGUGCUCACAUGCUGCUCCAGAACAUGGAAACAGAACAAAAACAACAAGCCUAGUACCUUUUUUUUUUUUUAGAAACAGUAAAAUAAAUUAUUUUUGAGGACUGUAUGGUAUAUAGUGAUGUGCUACAACUUUCUAGGCCGAUUUUAGUGCCCCUAUUAACAGCCCCUCCCCCAGGACAUGGAAAUAACCAUUGUUUACAGAGCUGAGCACUGGUGACAGGGUCUGACAGGGUCAGUCUACUAAAACAAAAAAACAAAAAACAAAACAAGCAAAAAAAAAAAAUACAGUGGCAAUAUUAGGUAACCUUUUUCCUAUGGAGUCUUUUGUAGGUUCUUGUUGUAACUAAUUUAGGGUGAGUUUCUACGUUGUAUAUUAAAGUUACAUUAUGUGUAACAGACCGUUUUUCUCAGUAAAAAAUAAAAUGCAUCUGUAUUAAUGUAAAGAUAACCAGAAUAAAACCUUCAAAGGUUUCGAGCAUGGUGGAUAACAGUUUGUCCUUCUGGAUCAGUCAAGGUAAUUUGAAUAUGUAUAUAUCAAGUCCCCUUCUCUUGUUAAUGCUGGAAGUAAUUGUCUAACUGCGCUUUUCUUCACACUUCAUAUUCUGAAUCAGAUUCGAGCCCUGCAGAGCAUUGUGAGUAGGACUUCACUUUUCUACAGAUCAUAGGGAUGAGAAAUUGGCAAGGGGUGAUACUAUAAACAUAAGACCAGCUCAUAAUAAUAUAUAUAUAUAUACAUAUAUAUAAUAUUUUUAUGACAACCCAGAACUGGCAAGUCGAAGGUCGAAGGUUUUCCUAUACCCUGAAUAGAGAGUUAUGACCUACCAGAAAAGAUUUGAUGGCUCUGAUGUUCUAAACAACCAUAAUGACAAAAGGAAACUGAAAAGCAUCUAAUAAUCCCACUGAGAAAUUGCUUUUGCCCUUCAUAGAUGAAUAGGGAAGUAGAAAUCCUGGUGAUCUUACUUCCCACAGUUUUCCAAAGUCCUAGGAAUGAUGUACCAGCACACAGAUUUGUCAUUAACUUUAAAUAUUUUAUUAACUCAAAAUAAGGCAUGAAUAGUAUGGGUAAGAAUCUUACUAAAUACUUCCCUGCUUCUAUCAAACUUUUAGUCACAAAUAAUUUAUCAAUGUUGGGUUAAAUGUUGAGAACACAUCUAUUUGUACAACCUGUGUCACAUACAGGGCAGAGGGUACAUUUGUUUCCUGUGAUGAUGGGGGAAAAUGUUACAAUGUAUGUGGCUUAAAACAACAGAAAGUUAUUCUGUCACAAUGAAGGAGUCAGAAGGACCAGGCUGCCUUAUAGAUUCAAAGAAACCACCCAUCCCUUUUCAAGCACCUGGUAGUUACAGUUCCUUGGCCUGUGGCCACAUCAUUUCAAACUCUGUUCAGUCUUCAUAUCAUAUUCACUACUGUGUCUGUCUUUUUUGUCUCUUAAAAUGUCAUGUGUCAUUAGGUGUAGAGUGACCUAGAUAACCCAGGAUGCUUAUCACCUCCAUAUUCUUAAUAGGCCAUUUGUUUGAAGUUUGUUAUUGUUGCUGUUUUGUUUUGAGUGUUUGUUUUGUUUUGUUUUAUUAAAAUAAAAUAGUGUUCUCAGGGUUCAGGGACUAGGAUGUGGACAUAGCCCACAAUAGAAAGACAAAUGAGAUAAAGUCCAUCUAGUUCCUGCAUUUGAAAAGCACAAACUAGAGGUGUGGAUAUAAAUCAAUUGGUGUUUGCUUUGCAUGCACAAGAAAAUAUUUGAAAAGCAGUCAAGAACAAUAGAGAAAGGAGUAAAGUGUAGAAUUAAAUACAUGAGAGAUAGUAUUUGAAGUAAGUAAGCCAUAAUAAUACAAUUUUUAGUAAUCUAAAAAGAGUGAACAGGGGCAUAAAGGCCAAGGAGAUUGGCCUCAAAGGAAAUAGGAAGCUAGAUUUGCUCUGCUUCUGCUUGCAUUUGCAUUUGAAUGAGCAACCUAAGGUAUCUAGUUCUAGCCAUGGUGCUGAUGGUGCUGAUGGUGCUGAGCACUCCUUGAAUUCUCACACUCAAGUAAGUACCUGAAAUUCAGGGAGUGCGCUAAGGUCUUUUGAGUAACAGAUUAGAAGACACUAAAUAGCACAACGAAUUCCACUCUGACUGCACUUGGCAAGAGUGCCCAAUAAGCAGGCUCUAAAUGAGCAUCUGCUCGGGACAGGGGCUCAGCAAGCUGAUGAGAGAGAAAAUAAAUUCAGUCCCUGAUGGAAUGUGACAGUCUGAGGACGGCAAUAUCAGACAGCUCUUCAGAGGUUUAGCUGAUGCCUCUCACGGUCAAGCUGAUCAUGGAUCUUAAAGCAAGACAAUCAAGUCAUGUCUAAAUCAUGAGAAAACUGUAAAUUGGAAGGCUGGGUUUUAUACUCACUGUAUUCUAUGCCCUGUCAGAACACUAAAAAUACAGUAACAGGCAGCUCUUGUCAUUUUCUCCAUCCUUGCUACAAGUCUUGUUUUUAAUUAGAAAUUUCACCACCUACCAUAUAAUCCCUAGAAAUAAUUUUUAUGAACAUUCAACAUAUGUAUGGAAAAUAGGUGUUAUAAAAUCAUUUUUAUGCAAGCCAUUAAAAAAAAUAGUUUUGGAAGCCUUUUCCCCCACAUUAGUAACAACAUUUCAUCCUUCCUGAAUGUAAAGCAGAUUGAUUUGUCUCAGCAAAACUUCUCUAAAUUUACGAAUUCCCAAGCUAAAUAAUAGAUCCUAUUCAUAAAAGAAACUUUUAGAAGUGAGAUAACUGCUUGCCUUGUGUUUCUGAAUAGUUACUAUACUCUGCACCUUCUCUAGCUUAAAUAUUAAUAGAUUUUCCUGCCUACUCAAGUUUAGCGUGGUGAAGGAAAUCUGUUACUAUUUUUAAACUGUGAGGCAAGCCGGCUUCUGGACAACACAGAGGACAGAUGUAAAGAAAGACUGAGAAAGGUAAUCCCUGUCUUUACAGGCUUUGGGUGCACAUGUUCUCUCAGCUAGAACCUGCAUCAUCCACUUCCCCAUUGUGAGAAAUGUGAAAAGCCACAAAGAGAGAGGCCUGAACUAGAGCCUGGAGACAAAGGCACACAGUCAUGAGUGAAGCCAUUAACCAUCUUUCACUGCAACAGCGGGCUUGGAUUUACAUAAUUCUUAUUGGUUUCCUCUUUUUAUUUGGAAAGCAGCCAAUAGAAUUUUAAAAUCAGUUAUCUGACAUGGAGGAAAUAUUACCCAAUCAUUUGCCAAAACUCAUAAGGUAUUUUAAAUAGAAGCCUCUCCCAGGAGUUAUUACAAUGAAGAAAAAUCCAGCUAACCAAGGUCUUAAUUGAUGUUUUGUUCAAAGAAAUUGAAAAUGUUUGCUGAACUAACAAUCAUUAAAGGAAAACUCAAUGCCAUUUGCAGUUUCCUAUUGAAACUUGUAAAUUUCCUAUUGACCUGGUAAAUGGGUGAACACUGAUGUACACCGUACAUGAACACGUAAAUAAACGUGGAAGCCUCUCUAGUCCCACAUCUUAAGAAUCUACACUAUUUUGUAUGCCAGCAUCUCAUCCUCCGAAGACAUCUAUCUAUCCGUAUGAGAAUAUAAAUAUUAGCAGCACAUUUUACACUAACCAAGCAACUGGGUUUUAUGGGACAAAUAGAAACAUGUUAUCCUUCCAUGAGAAAUAACCAUGAGCCAUGAGAAACACUGUUACCAACAGACAUCAAAUGACACUUGGCCAGAUGGGACUUAAAGAAGCAAACCCACUGUUACCCAGCACCUGAGAACCCAGAUGAUGAAUAACUGGUCUCAAGUAAUUCUUCCACUGUACUAACUUAAACCAUUGUAUCAUUUUAGGGGAGAAAAAUAAUGACAAAAGUCUACUCAAAAGUACUAUGAAAUAUGUUUAAUCCUAAGAAGGAUAUGAUUAUAAGUAACCAAAGAGAGGUCAGGUCAAUAAUAAUAAAAUUCAGUAUUUUAAAUCAAGUGAAUAUAUACCAAAUUGUUCAACAUCGUUAAAUAGCAUAAUAUAACUUAUCCAUAGAAGACAUGUUCUCAUUCAGUAGAAAAAUGACUUAAAUAUGUUUUGACACAGUGCUAAGAGAUAUUACACACAACAGUUGACUUAAGGAAGUAUUUAAGGCUCCAAAGUAUGCCUUUUAGAAAAAAAUAAUAAAUAAUGUAUUUUUCUAUCACUGGUAGUGAUGGGGACAGCAAAUGUCAAUAAGUCAUAGAAGCAGAAUAAUUUGAUGAUAGCUCUCAACAUUUCACUGGGCUUGUCACAGGCCAUACAUAAAACCAAACAGAAUUUUAUAGCUAAAAUUGGUCUGUAUAUUCUCCUCAUAAUAUUCUGUCAUAGUUCUUCAGCUCUUAGAAUAAAAUGACAAGCCAUGGGAAUCCAAAGAUGAGACUGAACUGACAAAAAGAAAUCUAUUUGUUAUCUAAAAUUAGAAAUAAAAUGAAAUAACUUAUUCAAUAUCAACUGCAUUUUCAGAGAGUUCAUUAAAAUUUAAGGCAUUUUUGACAUGUCAGAGAUUUUAGUCCAGUGACAAGAGAAAAAAGAAGUACCUGGGAACCAAUCCCAGUUAUUCCUAUGGCUUGGAACAUGGGACAAUGUUGAGCACAGCAGAGGGCGAAGAGGAGUGGCAGGUGACAGAAGACACUUUCUGACUCUGUCCAGUUUGUACAUUUUCACCAGUUCCUCUGAGUGGUAUUUCAAGUGUAUUUCUACUCUUCUGGUUAAAUUUUGAUUAUGAUAGGGAAAGGCAUGCCAAUAUUCUGAUAUUGGGACAAAAAUGAGCAAAGCCAAAAUGAUUCAAAAUAUUCAAGAAAUUAAAUGCAAAAAAUAUGCUAAGUAACAUUCUCUUCAGUCUUAUGACAAAUAAUAAUACAUCACCUAUUUUUAUAUUUAGUAGUAGGUACAUACAAACAUAUACACACAUACACACAUGUACAUGCACACACACAUAUACACACACAUUCAACCAUUCUUUUAGUGGUAUCAAAAAGAUCUAGUGGUUUACCCACUGGUCAACAAGCACAAUUAUUCAUUUAUUCAUUUUCUCCCAUUUUUUCACAAAAAUAAAGACUACAUCACCCACAAAAUCAAACAUUACAAGCACUGAAACAUCUCAGGUAAAACCCAUGAUGAGAACCUUACCCAUAUGCUUUGUCUCCUUCAGCCAAUCAAAAAUCUUUAUAAAUAUGUGGAUUGAGAUCUGUAAAGAUUAUUGGUUUAUUGAAAACAAACCAGACCAUUUUAUAUCAAUAAUGAGUAAGAUACUCUAAUUCCCAGAUCUAAAAGUUUACACAAAUUUGACCCAAUUCACCUCCAAACUUCUCUCAAAAAUAAUAUCCAAGUCACACGAAUACUCAUAAUCCACCAUGAGAAAUGUCACAAGUUUCUGGGUUGCUUUUGAACAGGAACAAUGCAUUACUAAGAAGAUUCUUACUAUGAAUACAAGUAUAUGCAUUUCAAAAAUUGAAUUUCUUCCUUAUUGGCUUAAAAAUAAAAUAUUCGAGAAAUUCAUAAUCCUCAAAGUCUUCUAGCAAAACAAAACUCAAAGCCUCCAGCACUCUGGCUAGUGCCUGAUGUGGAGGGAAAGCCAGAAGAGACUGUGAUGAACUUCAGUUACCGGAACAAGCAGAGUUUUCUGUGCUUAGGGUCAAGUUGUCUCUCCCUCCUCAUGACUGUGCAGGGGUCUGCUAAACAAGGUGCCCCACAUGCGCUCUUUAUUCUUUAAUGACACUCAAAAUGCUUUAAGCCUUUGACUUCUGAUAAUGCCAGAUUAUUUAAAUUAAUGGAAUGUAGAGGUUUCUUCUUGGCUUUUAUUGCCUCCAACCCCAUCCCAUGAGAUUCCUUCAAACAAUUAGGUAAAUUUUUCACACUAGUUCCAACAAGGAAGGAAUUGUUAAAAGUGAUUAUCACCUUAGAUAACACAACUAAAUAACUUCACAAAAUAUUACUGAUAUCCUAGACGUCUGAAGUUAAGAGAAAAAUACCUUAUGAAAAUUUAUUGUCUUUCAUUGCUCAUUAUUUUAAUAAAAAAGAUGUUUUCAAAUCUUGGAGAAAUAAAAAGAAAAAUAAUUAUAACUUUUUUUUUCCAAAUCUUCCCCAAAGUACAAGAACAAGACCUACGUGGAAACACAAGGCAUAUGCUUACUUCUGCCUUCUAACACAUAUUUCAUAUGUAGACAGUAUAAAGAAUUAAAGUUACCCAGCAAUCAUAUGGCAUGCUCAGCAGUGCAUUGGUGGGCUUAAACUUGGGUUUCAGUUAUGUGUAUAUACAGCUCAAUCUCUUCCUGAGUUAAGUUUCAUCUUCAGUGAGACCCACAUCAUCUGUCUUCUGUAGUUUGACAAAGUAUGUGACAUGUUAUAAGGCAAUCAGCAUUUUUGCCUCCUCCUCCCGUCGGCACACCUCCUUUGUGAGACCACAGCCAUUUCAGGUGUGAGGACAAGUCCUAAUGGGGGUCCUGAAUGCCACAGCAUUGUCUCUUCAUAUAUUGGGGCAUCUUGAGGAUUUCAGCUGAACAGACUCAAAGUGGUCAUCUUUUUCCUAAGGGGGAAAACAUAAAAUAAAAUCAGCUCACUGAAAUGCCAAUAACAUUUUAGGAUUGGGCUUGCCAAAACAAAAGUUCCCCAAACUACUUUAACCUAUGAGCCUGCCACUUACAAUUAGGAUUUUACAUUUAAAAUAAAGUGGAAAAUAUAACAAACGGCGAUGUACCCUGAAGAAUAAUUUUGAUGCCCAAGUGAUAAGACAGACAACUCCAAAAUAGAAGCAAACACAAGAUUGAGCACAUAUCAGAAGAUGUAGCUGUGAUUUUAUUUUAUUUUAUUUUUUUGAAGAAAGAAGUCAAGGAGACUCUCCCUGAGGAUACAUCUGACCUUGGAUUGGAGAGCUUGGCAUACUUACUAAUUGUAGGUAAAACAGAACUGGCAGACAUUCAUAUAUGAUCACAUAGGCUGGAUAGUAAGAAAACAGGCAAAAUGAGUUAAGUCAAUUUAUAUGUUUUAGGGUAUUGUUUUGGGCAUGUACCUACUAAAAAUGUUAAAGAAGUCAUAUAAGGUAAUAGAUCAAAUGUUUAAUUCACACUGGCUUAUAUAAUACGCCCAAAGAGGAGUCUUUAAUGUGGCAAAAAAGAAAUAGGAGGCUGAAUGUCUGUGAAUGUUUUAUUCAUUAAAUAUAUAAAAAAUCCUUAAUGCCUUAUGGAAUAGAAAGAUUAAAAAAGAAAGAGUUAGGGUUAGGUUAAAUUAGGUUAGGGUUAGGCGAAAUGGCCCAUAAGGAAAAAAAAAGACUUGGCACCAAACCAAACAGCCUGUGUUCACUCCCCAGAAACCUUAUAGUGGAAGAAGGAAAAGUAACUCUACAAUUGUCUUUUGACCUACACACACACACUAUGACACGUGAAAUUAAUUAAUUAAUUUAUAAUAGAAAAUAUGGAUUGAGGUGUAGAUUGUGAUGGGGCACUCACCUAGCAUAUGAGGAGCCCUAGAAUUCUUCCCUUAGUUUAAAAGGAAAAAAGAAAGGGAAGGAUGAAGGAGAGAGUAAGAGGAAAGAGGCAGAAAAGGAGGGAGGGAGGGAACUACGGAAACUAGCUAUCGAUCCCAGAUAAAAACAAAAGUAAUGUGAGAAAAUGACAGAGAGUAGACAUUGAAUAGCUUAGAGGAAGGACCACUAAUGGAGUGAGGCUUCCUGAUGGCUGGAAGUGAUGCCAUCCUCUCUAAAUUUCCAAAACAAGACUUGAGACGAGUCUAUCACAUCAGGCAAGUUGUUAAUGAGUAGUUACGAAAAUGAACUGGGAGUAGAGUGUGGUGAUGCAUGGCUAUAUGGCUGAAGCCCAAUACUUGACUCAGGCAGGAGAAGGAUCAAGGGCAACAAGAGACUCUGCCUCUAAAACAAAUACAGUGAAACACCACAUUAUAGAAACAAAACAGGAGACUGGAAUUUGGGGAAUGUUGAUUUCUCAAACCUAGUGCCUAUUAGACAAAUCAGGAUCCUGCCUACAAGGAUGCAACAUAGGACUCAAGAAUUUACACAAGCUCCUGAAGCCUUUCCUUACCACCCUACUACACCCUUCCACUCCAGUCCUUCUCCUAUGUGCUAGAAGAUGCUUCUCUUGUUCUUUUGACACUGAAUACUAUGCACACAUGCAGGAUGUGUCUCCACAAUGUUUAAGAUUAAAAAACAUAAUAAACACAUUCCCCCAAACCAAAAAAAAAAUCUAAUAUUAUAAAUGACUAUAGAAUAAACAAUUUUCUAAACCCACGAGAACUUAAUUGCAGCUUUGACUUGGUUGCUGAGUGAAGUCAAGGCAAAUGAACAAACAUCUGGAUAUACUAGGAACAUACCAAGUAAGCUAUGGCCUUCAGAAUAUAAGAUAAAGCAAAGAAAUUUAAAAAUAUUGAGCUUUCCUUGCUUGAAUCACAGAGACCCAUUUUUUAAGUAUACAUAAAACAAGAUUAGAUGUACACAGUAGCUCUCUUCAAACACUGGAACCAUCAUAGGUGUCCAUUAGCAAGUAGUAUCCAUAUAAUACUGCACCACUCGUGAAUAAAAAGUAAUCCACUCCUGUUUAAAAUGGUGUGUAUGCUCUCUCACAAAUAUCCUUCAGGGUAAAAGAAAAAUUUGCACAAAAUAUGACACACUGAGUUAUGUGAUUGUGUGAGACUCUGAAACAUACAAAACUAACCUGUGCUUUAAAAGAUCAUUAUAGUAAUUGUCUCUGAGAGAUAGAUGCCUGAUUCCAUGCAAAAGGGCUAGCAGUCACUUUCAGGAUGAAGCUAGCAUGCUAGAUUGUCAUAGAAUUUGAAGUACACACCUUCUCCACAAUUCAGGCAGCCACAUGUAUGCUCACCAUGAAUGUACAUUGCCUAUAGUCGUGUUCUCAACCUGUGGGUCAUGACUCCUUAGACAUGUUAUAAUUCAUAACAGUAGCAAAAUUACAGUUAUGAAGUAGCAAUGAAAUAACAUUAUGGUUGGGGGUCACUACAACAUAAGGAAUUGUAUCAAAGGGUCACAGCAUUAGGAAAGUGGAGAACCACUGCCUUAAAGAAACCUUAAACUAUAUUUCUGAAGUGUUUAAAAGUGAGGCAUACUGAAGUCUACAACUUACUUUAAAAUAUAUGAAGACACUGAUAAAAAUUUAGAGAUGAGCAGAUAUGUAACAAAGCAAACGUAAGAAAAUUUAGGUGGUAUGUUAGUGAUUUGUAUCAUAUAAUUAUCUCAUAUUUUCUGCAAUAGUUCAAAUUUCAUUUCAAAGUGUAAAAAGUUAAAUAACUAAAGUCUGACAGAGCUGACAAAGUUUGUUUUUCCCAUUCUACCCAGGGCUGUCUCUUCACCAUGGCAACCAUUUCCUUUGUGGUAUGAGCUUUUUAAUUUAAUGUGAUCCUAUUUAGUAAUUCUUGAGAUUAUUGUCUCUGCUGCUGGAGUCCUCUGCAAAAAGUCCUUGCCUCUGCCUUUGCCUUGCUAGUAUCUUAAAGAGUAUUUUUGUAUAUUUUCAUCCUGCAGUUUCAGAUUUUCAAGUUCUAUAUUAAGGUCUGGGUUCCAUUUGGAUUUUUGUGUGUGCAGGAUGAGGAAUGGGAAUCCAGCUUCAUCGUUCAACAUGUGGAUAUUCAGUGUUCGUAGAACCUGUCAUUGAAGAGGGUGUCUUUUUCAAUGCAUGCUUUGUAACUUUUGUCAAAAGUUAGGUGACUGUCACUGUGUGGGCUUAUUUCUAAGUCAUCUAUUAAAUAUUCCAUCACUUUACAUGCUUGUCUUUGUGCCGGUACCACACAGUUUUUGUUAUUAUCACUUCAUUAUAUAAUUUAAUAUCAGUUAUUUCAUCAGUGUCUUUCUCCUUAGAAUCAUUUUGGUAUUCAGGGUCCUUUGCACUUCUAUAUGAAUACCUGGGACCUAUAAAGCAAUUCAAAAAUAAAACACCAUAAAAAUCAUUAGACUAAUAAAUAGGAUUAAAGUUAAUAAACAGAACUAUCCAAGAAAUAUUUUUAAUGUAUUCAACAUUCUUACUCAGCAGGAAAAUACAAAUUAAAACUCCUUUGAGAUUUUAUUUCACCCGGUCAGAAUUGCUGUCAUCAGGAUAACAAAUGCUAACAAAUUCUGGCAAAAAUGUAAGAAGAGAGGAACCCUCAGACACUGCUGAUAGGAGUAUGAACUCGUAAAGCCCUCAUGGAAAUUAAUAGACAGGUUUUUCUAAGGCUCAACUACAGAAUUGUCAUAUAUCCCAACUAUAUCUCUCCUGGCUGUAUAUUCAGAGGACUCUAACUCCUAUUACAAGGAUACUUCUAUAUUUGUAUUUAUGAAUGUAUUACUGACAACAGAGAAGAAAUGGAACCAGCUUAGAUGUCCAUAAAUAUAUGAAGGGAUAAAAAAUGUAAUUAUAUACAUUAUGGGACUUUAUUCAGCCAAGAAGAAAAGUAAAAUUAUGGCCUUUGUAGGAGGAAAAGCAGAUACAACACUAAAUCAUUAUGUUGAGUGAAAUAAGCCAGUUUAGGAAGGACAAAACUGCAUGUUUUCUCUUGUACGUGUUUAUCUGGGUGGGUGGGGGUAGGUGUUAAAACUAGAAAGGGGCCCAUGAAAUGGGAGGAGUAGAUGCUUAAAAGGUGGGAGGGGGAGGGGAAGAUAGACUAAUAGAGUACAUGUGCUAUAAAAAGGGGUGGGCUAUUAAUGAGUGAUGGGAAAGAGCAAGGGAUAGGGGAGGGUAGCAAGGGAGGGAAACAAAAAGUAUAACGUGUGUGUGAAAAUGUCAAAAUAAUCACAUUACUUUGUAUGUCAAGUUAAUUAUUGAAAACAAUAAAUUUUUAAAAGUGGACAAAACGA